AUGGCUACAGCGACUCCUGAGCGUGCCACGGCUAACACCCGUGCGGCAAUUGAUUCCCUGAGUGCAGAGGACUUUGAGACAGCCUCGAUCCGCUCAGCUGCUCCCUCAUAUACAUCCGAAGCUCCAUCGUACCACUCUACAGUGCCCAACCCGGAGCCAGUUCCGCCAUAUUCGCCACCGGCCCGCUCCACAGCUCCGGCCCAGUCACCUCCAUCAUCAGCCGGGGUCUCGUCCCUCCUCGGCCCCGCGCCCCAAAGUAGCGAUGGCUCCUCUUCGCCAAGGCGGCAGGGUCUGCCUCCCGUUCCUACGGGACCGCCGAGGCACAGCGUCGCGCCGUCACUUAACCAGUUCCGCAUUCCGUCGUGGUCGAGCGUCAGCAGCAACCCGACGGCGCGCCAGUACCACAACGUAGCCCUCCGGCGUGCAAGUGCCGCGAACAGCACGGCAAGCCUGGAAGGCGCGCUGAGGAGGGCCAUGCUGGAGCGCAUCGAGGAGGAGGAGCGCAACCGGUUCCGUCCGCUCGAGGACCCCUAUCUGGUCGGCGAAGAAGCUGCUGCCCGGGCGCGGCGUGAAAGGCUCGCAAGGGAGUCCGGCGACGACAUACUGAUUCGCGAGGAUCGGCGGUGGGAUUGGUUUCUUGCCCAGAUGAAGGAUCGUGAGCAGCGCGAGCGGAGCUGGAAGAAGUUCCGUCGUGAUGUCGAGAAACGGUCGUAUAACGGCCGGCUCGGUUUUCUCAUCGGGGCACGCUUCUAG